UAUAUGAAAAGAUAUACAUAUAUCCUAACGUAUUUCUAGAAUUUGAAUAUGUGAACAAAAGAAAAUAAUUUACCGUACUAAUGGCUAUGAGAAAAAGGAGUGGCUCUGGUGCCAAACGUCAACAUAAAUGCAAGCUAGUACCGAUCUAUGAGAGUUUCUUUAAAGGUGAAGACUUGACACUAGCUCAUCCAAAUUUCUGGAAUGAACUGUUCCUUAUUAAACCUAUGGUACCUCACAUCGAAAAUGAAAUUCUACAUAUGACAUCGGAACAACUAAAUGCCAGCAAAGAAAAUUUAAAUGCAUUGGUAUGCCAUUGUGUCGAUACAUUAGUCGACGAACAUCCAUUUAGAAUAGUAUACGCGUUGCAAACUUUAGCAGCUGUUAUCCAAUCCAUGUAUAAGAAAGCCAACCAGGGAGACUAUGGGUUUAAUUUAAUAGAUAUUCUUGUAGGCUUCGAUUCUGCAGAACAGAGGAUGACAACGUUAAUGCAGCAUUGCAAUAAUUUUUUAACAGGUGAAUAUCCGGACAGUUUAAAAGCUUUGUGCCUGAAAUUGUUAUUAAUAAUAGUUACUGGUAUGGAUAAUAUCAGUCAAAAUACCUUACUGGAAUACGUGAUGUUAAACAGUGUUUUUGAAUCGCUAAUUCAAUUGUUGAGAGAUACAGCUGCUAGAAAUCGCCAUGGUCAUGAUGCGGUUUUAUUGUUAACGCUUCUAGUCAACUACCGGAAAUAUGAAAGCGCAAAUCCGUAUAUCGUCAAAUUAUCAAUUUUGGAUGACGAAUUAGCCUUAAAUGGAUAUGGGCAAGCUAUAUCAAGUUCGUUGACGGAAUUUUGCCGGCAAUUUGCUCAACAAAGAGCAGAAAUACAAGCAUCUUGGUUGUCUUCGUUAACUAGUAUAGUUGGUAGCAUGUUUGUUGGAGAGGAAGAAGCAAAAACGCAACAAGUUCGUGCAAAUAACGCUUUACUUUUAGCUUUGUAUGAAGCUACACACUUAAAUCGUAAUUUUGUAACUACUCUGGCCUAUACGCAAAGCGAUACUAGUGCACCUCCGUCGCCGAAUAACACCCUGGGUCCAAAUGCAGUAGCUCCUGGUGCUUCACCACCUGAUGUGAUGGCUCAGCCGUUCAAUCUACUAGCAACCUUUCUGCAGUAUUGUUCGAUAGUUAUGCAAGUAAUUCGAACGGAGGCUAUAAUGAACAAUGUGAAGUUGUGCUUCUUGAUACUAAGCUGUAUCGCGGAGGACCAAUACGCAAAUAGUUUGAUGCACGACGCAAAUCUGGCAUUCAGAGUUCAGUUACAUAGAGUACCUAUGCAUCAUCGAAAAUUGCAGGACAAAGCAGCGCCUGCUCAGCCACUCGCAGCCACGUUACUCGAUUUGCUCGUCGAAUUUGUGACAUCACAUAUGAUGAAGAAAUUUCCACUUGAGUUAUAUCAUCAGUGUAUCGGCGUUUUACAAAGACUGCUGUGUUAUCAGAAGAGGUGUCGUGUCAGGCUUGGUUACCAGUGGCGGGAUCUUUGGACCGCACUAAUCAAUUUACUUAAAUUUUUAACAACACACGAAAGCCAUCUUGUUAAGAAAAUGAAUAUAUUUCCUUUAGCUAUUCAGGUAGUGAACAUCUUAAAUUUUUUUAUUACAUAUGCUGAUACAUUCCUAUCGUCACCCAAUAGUUACGAUGAAUUAUUUUACGAAAUUAUUCGAAUGAGGCUUAUUUUUACCAAUCUAAAUGCCAUGGCACUCAGGUAUUCGACUAGUGAAUCGUAUGAGUACAAGGAACACGCACUUAAAUUAACCAAUUCUCUCGUUAAUGUGAGGGAUAUAGUAAAUCAUUUUCCACCAAAGAUAGCUGCGUGGCUAGCGAAGGAAAGUUUGUCGACACCAACGGAACAACAAAUUCUAGCUAUUAUAAUACAGAAUUACGAUAGUCUCGCUUUAAAACUGCAGGAUAAUUUGGAUCAAUACGAGAGAUACUCGGAAAAGCCUAAUCAUACUGCAUUUUUUGAGGAAAUGGUAACUGGAGUGAUAGUGGAUACACGGGCUUCGAUAGAUCUUAAUUCUUUAGAUACGCAAACUAUAUUAGAAGAGCUUUCAAAUAUUUCAUAAUGUAAAAGUGUAUA